GUCAGCCCCCGGCCGCCGCCGGCUGGCUCACUAGGCGCUCGCCCUCCGGCCGGGAAGCAUGGGGCCGUCCGGGCUUGUCUGCGCCCUCCUGCUCGCCGCCUGCUGCUGCUGUCGCCGCGCCGCGGGUGUGCCUGGAGAGGCGGAGCCCCCCACCCCGGAGCCCCUGGAGGUGGAAGUUGGCGGGACAGCCCUUCUGAAGUGCGGCCCCUCCCACUCCCCGGGCAACUUCAGCCACGUGGACUGGUUUUCUGUCCACAAGGAGAAGCCUACUCUCAUCUUCCGCGUGCGCAAGGGCCAGGGCCAGAGCGAACCCGGCGAGUACCAGCACCGGCUCAGCCUCCUGGACAGAGGGACUACUCUGGCCCUGGCACACGUCACCCCCCACGACGAGCGCAUCUUCCUGUGCCAGGGCAAGCGCCCUCAGUCCCAGGAGCACCGAAUCCAGCUCCACGUCUACAAAGCCCCGGAGGAGCCGACCAUCCAGGUCAAUCCCUUGGGCAUUUCAGUCAACAGCGAGGAGCCCGAGGAGGUUGCUACCUGUGUGGGGAGAAAUGGGUACCCCGUUCCUCAAGUCAUCUGGUACAAGAAUGGGCGGCCCCUGAAGGAGGAGAAGAAACGGGUCCACAUUCAGUCGUCCCAGAUCGUCGAGUCGAGCGGUCUGUACACCCUGCAGAGCGUUCUAAAGGCCCAGCUGGUUAAGGAAGACAAAGACGCCCAGUUCUACUGCGAGCUCAACUACCGGCUGCCCAGCGGGAACCACAUGAAGGAGUCCAGGGAAGUCGUCGUCCCGGUUUUCUACCCGGCGGAGAAAGUGUGGCUGGAAGUGGAGCCCGUGGGCGUGCUGAAGGAAGGGGACCGCGUGGAAAUCCGGUGUCUGGCUGACGGCAACCCCCCACCCCACUUCACCAUCAGCAAGCAGAACCCCAGCACCCAGGAGAUGGAGGAGAAGGCGACCGAGGACAACGGGGUCCUGGUGUUGGAGUCCGCCCGGAAGGAGCACAGUGGGCUCUAUCAGUGUCAGGGCCUGGACCUGGAAACCAUGGCAUCGCUGCCCAGCGAGCAACAGGAGCUGCUGGUGAACUAUGUGUCUGAUGUCCGGGUGAGCCCUGCGGCCCCGGAGAGUCGGGAGGGCGGCAGCCUCGUCCUGACCUGUGAGGCAGAGAGUAACCGAGCCCUGGAGUUCCGGUGGCUGAGAGAAAAGACAGGCCAGGUGCUGGAGAAGGGGCCCGUGCUCCGCUUACACAACCUGCAGCGAGACGCGGGGGGAGGCUACCGCUGCGUGGCCUCCGUGCCCAGCGUCCCGGGCCUGAACCGCACUCAGCUGGUCCGCGUGGCCAUUUUUGGGUCCCCGUGGAUGACAUCAAAGGAAAGGAAGAUGUGGGUGAAAGAGAACACAGUGUUGAAUCUGUCCUGUGAAGCGUCGGGACAUCCCCGGCCCUCCAUCUCCUGGAGCGUGGACGGCACGGCCCAUGAACAAGACCAAGAUCCGCAGAGCGUCCUGAGUGUCCUGAACGUCCUCGUGACCCCAGAGCUGUUGGAGACGGGUGCAGAGUGCGUGGCCUCCAACUUCCUGGGCAGAAACACCACCACCAUUUUCCUGGAGCUGGGUACGGGCCUCGUCCGUCCUCGGUGUGGCGGGUGCGGGCUUGUGCUUUUCUUAACCCACCUUUCGAUCCGUUUAACCACAGACUCAAACAGAACCACUGGCCUCAGCACCUCCACUGUCAGUCCUUACAGCAGAGCCAACAGCACCUCCACAGAGAAGAAGCUGCCGGAGCCUGAAAGCAAGGGCGUGGCCAUUGUGGCCGUGACCGUGUGCGUCCUCGUCCUGGCCGUGCUGGGUGCCGUUCUCUAUUUCUUCUACAAGAAGGGCAAGCUACCAUGCGGGCGGUCGGGCAAACAGGAGAUCACGCUGCCCCCGUCUCGUAAGAGCGAAUUUGUAGUUGAAGUUAAGUCAGAUAAGCUCCCAGAAGAGAUGGGCCUCCUACAGGGCAGCACCGGUGACAAGAGGGCUCCAGGAGACCAGGGAGAGAAAUACAUCGAUCUGAGGCACUAGCCUGCUCAUCACACUGAGUGCCCUUCCCGCCUGGAACACUUCCUGCUCCCUGCUCACCCUCUCCCAACACUCAGGAUGAUCGCCAAAGCCUCUAAAGCGGGGUAGGAGAAGGUCCCUACUCCAGCUGGCCUGCAGACCCCAUUUCUGAGGGAAGGGCCGUCGGGAGAAGGUCCUCUUCAAGGACCGACCCACCGAGGUCUCGGUUGGGUGAGGCUCAUCCCAGGGAGGGGCCUCCGUAUCCCGGGAGUGGGAAGGAGUUUCUUGCAGACCGCGUUUUCUCUGUAGACAUAUUGUGGAUGUAUAUACCUGUUUUCUACCAGCAGCCAAGUUAGGUAGUCUGUUUAUCUGGAGCUGGUUUCUGCCCCAAAGGCUGGCGUCCUCAUUCGGUCGUGUCACUGAGGUGAGGACACACUGAGCCCAGGCCCCUCUCUGCUGAAGUAUGUUGCUCACACCGGUUCUGGAGAGUAUGUACCCCAGCAUUCAUUACAAAGCAGCUGCCUGCCUGCCGCGGGAGGCCCUUUUGUGACCCACGUCUCUCUGGGAAGAAGCCAGGACUGGUGUUGUUCCUUAGAUCUUGUUGUCCCUGCAGGGAGGAAGCUGGGCAGUUUUCCAGGGUUAGGCCAUUGUGCCCAAACCCCCCGCGUUAAUUUGGCUCCCAUUGCCCUGUCAGGGGGUCACGUAAGACUGAAAGGUGGGGUUAGGGGACAGCCAUGAGGUCCAGACUAUCCUUUAUGACGAUUAAGACUAUAACUCUAUAAGCACCAAACUUCUAUAAAGUGAGCUAAUGGCCUUAGACCCUGGGAGAAGGGCCUUCCCUAGUGGGAGAAUGGUACUUAGGGAUGAGAGCUGGCCUGGCUGGAGCUUUGGGGUGUGAAUGUGUAUCUGUGUGCGCGCACCUGUAUGUAUAUGUGGUUUCGUUAGGUUGUGUGUAAAUUUGCAAAUUUCCUCUAUGUGUGUAUAUAUAUAUAUGUAUAUGUAAGAAAAAUAAAGCUUAACUGUCCCAGAAA